UGUACUCUGUCCAUAUUCACAGAGUCAAACAUCUCACCUGAAUGAAAACAUGUCAGCUCCUCACCGUGGUCUUUCCAGGGACUCUAUGAACACAGAGUGAAAGUUUGGUGACAUAAAUCAGACUCUUCACAAGGUCAAAGAUGAGUUCACCUCAAGAAGUGCUUCUGGGAAUCCUGGAGGAUUUGACACAAGAAGACUUUGCAAAGUUCAAGUGGUAUUUGUGUCAAGAUGGAGUCUUUGAAAAGUUCAAACCAAUCCCAAAGAGUAAACUGGAGACAUUGGACAGGACAGGCACAGUGGAUCAGAUGGAUCAGGCCUACAGCAAUCAGAUUCUUGACGUCACAGAAAUGGUUUUAGAGAAAAUGAAAAUGAUGGGUGUAUGGGAGAAACACUCCAAAAACAUCUCAGAACCUGGAGGGAAAGAUGGUCCUCAAAAGGUUUUUUUGUCAGCAACAUCGAAGAGGUGUCAGGAGAAACUCAAGUCCAACCUGAAGAGGAGGUUCCAGUGUGUGUUUGAGGGAGUCACGAUACAAGGACAGCCGACCCUCCUGAACCAGAUCUACACAGAGCUCCACAUCACAGAGGGAGGGGCUGCAGAGGUCAAUCAGGAACAUGAGGUCAGACAGAUUGAAGCAGCGUCCAGGACAGCAGACAGAGCAGAAACAACCAUCAGACCAGGAGACAUCUUUGAAGCCCCACCUGGAAGAUCUCAACCAAUCAGAACAGUGCUGACAAAGGGAGUGGCUGGCAUUGGGAAAACAGUCCUGACACAGAAGUUCACUCUGGACUGGGCUGAAGACAAAGACAACCAGGACGUCUACUUCAUAUUUCCAUUCACCUUCAGAGAGCUGAAUGUAGUGAAGGAGGAGAAGUUCAGCUUGGUGGGACUUGUUCAUCACUUCUUCAAUGAAACCAAAAAGGCAGGUAUCAACAACUUUGAAGAAUUCCAGGUGAUCUUCAUCUUUGAUGGUCUGGAUGAGUGUCGACUCCCUCUGGACUUCGACACGAAGAGCCUGACUGACAUUAGAAAGUCCACCUCAGUGGAUGUUCUGCUGAUAAACCUCAUCAGGGGGAAACUGCUUCCCUCUGCCACCACACGACCUGCAGCAGCCAAUCAGAUCCCUGCUGACUGUGUGGACAUGGUGACAGAGGUCCGAGGGUUCACUGACCCCCAGAAGGAGGAGUACUUCAGGAGGAGGUUCAGAGAGGAGGAGCAGGCCAGCAGGAUCAUCUCCCACAUCAAGACCUCCCGAAGCCUCCACAUCAUGUGCCACAUCCCGGUCUUCUGCUGGAUCACUGCUACAGUUCUGGAGAAGGUGUUGAAGAGCAGAGAGGGAGGAGAGCUGCCCAAGACCCUGACUGAGGUGUACACCCGCCACCUGGUGGUCCAGGUAGAAAGGAACAAGGAAAAAUAUGAUGACGAACCUGCCUCACAUGAAACAUGGAGCCCAGAGAGCAGGGAGAUGAUAGAGUCUCUGGGAAAACUGGCUUUUGAUCAGCUGCAGAAAGGAAACCUGAUCUUCUAUCCAUCAGACCUGACAGAGUGUGGCAUCAAUCUCAGAGCAGCCUCAGUGUACUCAGGAAUUUUCACACAGAUCUUUAAAAAGGAACAAGGUCACCAGACGUCUUUGUUCUGCUUCAUCCAUCUGAGCCUUCAGGAGUUUCUGGCUGCUCUUCAUGUCCAUCAGACCUUCAUCAACUCUGGAAUCAACCUGCUGGAAGAGAAACAAACAACCAUUCAACAAUCUCCACAACAGCCUCAGCUCCACCAUCUCCAUCAGAGAGCUGUGGACGAGGCCUUGAAGAGUCCAAAUGGACACCUGGACUUGUUCCUCCGCUUCCUCCUGGGUCUUUCACUGGAGACCAAUCAGAGUCUCCUUCGGGGUCUGCUGACACAGACAGGAAGUAGCUCACAGACCAAUCACGAAACAGUCCAGUACAUCAAGAAGAAGCUGAGUGAGAGUCUGUCUGCAGAGAGAAGCAUCAAUCUGUUCCACUGUCUGAAUGAACUGAAUGAUGGUUCUCUGGUGGAGGAGAUCCAACAGUCCCUGAGAUCAGGAAGUCUCUCCACAGAGAGACUGUCUCCUGCUCAGUGGUCAGUUCUGGUCUUCAUCUUACUGUCAUCAGAAGAAGAUCUGAAGGAGUUUGACCUGAAGAAAUACUCUGCUUCAGAGGAGGCUCUUCUGAAGCUGCUGCCAGUGGUCAAAGCCUCCAACAAAGCUCUGUUGAGCGGACGUGGUUUGUCAGAGAGAAGCUGUGGAGCUCUGUCCUCAGUUCUCAGCUCUCCGUCCUCCAGUCUGACACAUCUGGACCUAAGUAACAACGAGCUGCAGGAUUCAGGAGUGAAGCGUCUGUCUCUUGGACUGGAGAGUCCUCACUGUAAACUGGAAGCUCUCAGGUUGAGCUGCUGUGGUCUGUCAGAGAGAAGCUGUGGAGCUCUGUCCUCAGUUCUCAGCUCUCAGUCCUCCAGUCUGACACAUCUGGACCUGAGUAACAACAACCUGCAGGAUUCAGGAGUGAAGCGUCUGUCUCUUGGACUGGAGAGUCCUCACUGUAAACUGGAAGCUCUCAGGUUGAGCUGCUGUGGUCUGUCAGAGAGAAGCUGUGGAGCUCUGUCCUCACUUCUCAGCUCUCAGUCCUCCAGUCUGACACAUCUGGACCUGAGUAACAACGACCUGCAGGAUUCAGGAGUGAAGCGUCUGUCUCUUGGACUGGAGAGUCCUCACUGUAAACUGGAAGCUCUCAGUCUGUCAGGGUGUCUGGUCUCAGAGGAAGGCUGUGCUUCUCUGGUCUCAGCUGUGAGAUCCAAGUCCUCCCAUCUGAGAGAGCUGGACCUGAGCUACAACCAUCCAGGAGAC